AUUUUCGCAUUUUGUUAUAGCAGACUUUAAAAAUAGGAUGACAAGUUUACCUACCGAAACAAUAGGUUUAGCAAAUAUUAAACAAGCUCAGCCAAAUCUUCUUUAAAAACAUAGUGAAUUAGUUUCUUAUAGAGGCUUAGAGCUAGUUAAACAAGACUCUUUUCUAAUGCAGCUGGUCCACCACGCACGAGUUGCAAACACAGUUGGAGGCAUUUUUUUUUGGAUUGUUCCGUUAUUUAUCUAACUUUUUAUAUUUGUAUUUAAUAUACAAAUAUCAGUAUUUGAUUCUGUAUGCCACGUUUAUUUCUUUUGGUAAAUUUCGCGACUAUAAAAGCCAAGAGAUUUGACUAUAAUGUUACAGUUAUUUGGCUGCCGAAUUUCGAAAUGCUGCGCUUCAGUUUGACACUUCUCGCCAUCAGCCUGACCUUGGCUCAAGUCCACGGAGCGGUCGACUAUUGCAAUGCAACGCUUUGUGGCACUUCCACAAACAUUGGCUGCAACAACAAUGGGACGUGGUCAACAAAUUGCCCCACGAGCCCAGCGCCGUACCUCAUCGCCAUGAACUUGACGAUGCGCCAACAUUUGGUGAAGCUGCACAAUGUGCGACGCAACAAUAUUGCUCUCGGAAACCUGCCCAGAUACGAUACGGCCAAGAGAAUGGCAACGAUGCGCUGGAGUCCACAGCUGGCAACGCUUGCCGCACUCAAUGUGAAGCAAUGCCAGAUGAAGCACGACGCAUGCCACAACACACCGAAGUACAAAAUGAGCGGACAGAACUUGGCCUUCAUUUCGUAUUCGGGUGCCUCUUCCAGCCAGACGAAUGCCGCGCUCCUUACAUCGUCGGUGACCAUGUGGUGGAACGAAAGACUGGAUGCCAACAAGAGUGUCAUUGCGAAGUAUCCCUCCGACUGGACUGGACCUGAAAUUGGACACUUUACCGUAAUGGCGCGACAGAAUAAUGUUGCUCUCGGCUGCGCAGCUGCCAGAUAUGUGACCAGCGGCAUGAACAACUUUCUGCUGGCCUGCAAUUAUGCCACCACAAACAUUGUCGGCAAUGCCGUCUAUGUGGCGGGCACCACAGCUGCCGGCUGCACCACGGGCACCAAUGUCAACUAUCCUGGUCUCUGCAAGGUGGCCGAAGUCUUCACCUACUAGGAGACAUCUAAAACAAUAAAAAUCCUGAUGUAUACAA